AUGGCCUGGAUCUCAAGAGGCCAAUCCAGUUUCGUCCAAGACACCCCGAACGGACACACAUCCGCGGUCCCAGCUCUCGCCACCCACCGCGGCUCCCUCUGGUGUCUCUGGAGCGACCCAUCCGGCGACCUCUACUAUGCCACAGGCGACAACGACGCCUUCCAGCCGCGAAUCCGUUUUCCCGACCAAGGAAUCCCUGUCAUGGCCGAGCUUCUCGGUCGUCUACAUGCCGUUAUCGUUGGAACAGAUGGAGAACUCGCUCAUUAUGAAUACGACGAUGUGGAGAAAUUCUGGGGGGCUCCUACGCGUCUAGAUAAGCAAAUAGGACUCUGGACAAAUACUACACCGGCGCUGAUCAGUCAUCAUAAUAAUUUGAUGCUGGUGUAUAUCCAGAAUUCCUAUUUAUAUUAUUCGACAUGGACUCUAGGUUGUGAAGAUCAGCCAGUGUGGAAGUAUCCCCAGGAAGUAAGCGGGAUUAGUAAAGUAUCCGGGAUUCCCGCGGUAUUUGUGUUGAAUGGGGAUUUACACGCGCUUUGUUCCUCCGCGGAGGAAGAUCGCAUGAUUCUCGGAUUCAAAUAUUCGUUACCGGAAGAUGUCUGGAAUAGCUGUGAUGAUGUGAGUGAAGGAAAAGCAGCCCAAGGUGUUUCGGCUACCUCUUAUGGCGAUAGUGCGUUUUUAGCUUUUCAGGAAAAUGGCCCUGGAGAUACCUCGCAUGUGAUUUAUAUGAGCGAGUAUAAAGAUGGGAUGUGGCAUCCGCACGAAGCGAUCGCGGGACAGACAUCGUUUGAUCCUCCGCAAUUGGCGGUGCUGAAUGGGAGGGUCAAUUGUAUAUUCAAUUCGAAUGAUGAGAGGAGGGAGUUAUUGUGGUAUUCUCGAUCUCUUCUGGAUUACUCCCUCAGCUCCUGGAUGGCGGAAAUCCCAGAUGAUACUUUGUUAUCAGAUAUGACCAUUCCCGGAACACACGAUAGCUGCGCAGAAUCCAACAUCCCCUUCGUGCGCACGCAAUACCUCUCCAUCCCCUCCCAAAUCACAGCCGGCAUCCGCUUUCUCGAUCUGCGGGUGCGCGUGCACACCGAAGACGGUCAACUCUACAUGUACCACGGCGGGAUCCCCAUCAACCUCCCCUUCUAUCUCAAAUUCGACACCAUCAUGCAGGAAGUCUUUGAUUUCCUCUCGCAACACAGUCGCGAAACCGUGCUCAUCUCCAUCAAAAACGACGAUUCCUCAAACAAACUACCCCCCGAGAUCUUCUACGCCGCAGUCGCAAAACACAUAACCUCCAUUCCAUCCUAUCCCUCCGGAAGCCCUCGCUGGCUCACAACAAACAAACCCCAAACCCUAGGUGACGCGCGCGGAAAAGCAGUAUUACUCCGACGCUACGCAUGCGCGCCCAAUAUUCCCGCAGAAGGAAAAAUGGGGUUAGAUCUCAGUGGCUGGAUAGAUAACAAUCCGGAUUUCACGCUGCGAACAGAAAGCGGCGUGACGAUUCAUCUGCAGGAUAAAUGGGAAUAUUCGGAUCUGAUUCCGCUGAAGGGAUUGGUGCAGAGUAAAUACGAAUACGUGGUGCGCAUGUUGGAGAAGGCGAGAGAGGGAGCGAGGGAGGAAUGGUUUGUGAAUUUUAUGUCGGCGGUGGGGGAUCCGGUGAGGAAGGGUGAGGUGGCGGAGAGUCAUUGGAUAGCAGUAGGCGCGCACGGUAAACUAAUCGGUGCUUUUGUUCAAGGCAUGAAUCCAACUCUCCGUCUACAUUUCGAUUGGGGAAUCAAGAAACGAUAUGGGAUUGUUCCAAUGGAUUAUCCGGAAUUGCCGAAAGAUUCGGAUUUGGUGGCGCUGAUGAUUGGGUCUAAUAUGUAG